AUGGCGACGGGGACGCUACCGUUUGUCGUUAACAGGCACAACGCGCCUCUAACAUUGUUUCUUUUAAUAUACAUAGAUUUGCUUCACUGCCAGCAGUUUAUUAUCCCGUAUGAGACUCCUGCAAACUGCGAUGUGCAAGAAUUUUUUGACAUCUCGAGUUUGUCGUGUGUGAAGUGCGGCCCAAAUCAGGAACGGAGCACAACAGGACUGAGUUGCAUUUGCAAAACUGGGUACCAAAGUCUCACCACUGAUAAGGCGUCCAUUACUUGCCAGAAAUGUCCCACUGACAAGCCUGCAGUCACAACAGAUGGGUUUGGGUGUAUUCGCUGUCCAGGCAGCCUCAAUGAUGAGGGGAAGUGCCAGUGUUCAGGCAGUGUCCUGGUGGAGAGAGAUGUCAGUGGAAACCUUUUGGACGAGGCCAGGUGUGAAACAUGCAAUGGAAACAGCCCUGCUUUCUCUGUGCCAAACAGCAGUGGAGACAGGUGUGAGAGAUGUCAGGCUUCUUUUAUUAACUUGUCCUGUGAGUGCAACACUCCUAAUGUCCAGGCAGGAGGAUUGUGUUUGCCUCCAAACACCCUCUCCACCAAUGUGAAUCCCAGUGUCAACUAUGCUCAGUUGAAGUUCAGUGUCCAGUCUGCCUGGUUUGUGAAAAACCUCUACUCCUCUGCAGCAGCCUGCCUUGUCUUUUCCAACCUGACGGCAUGCCAGGCUCUUGGGAACAUGUGCGUGAUGAACAUGCACUCCUUUAGUGGCCUGUCCACAGAUGCCUGUGGUCUCUUUAAUUCCAUUUUCAGAUCAAGGGCUGCUGCAAGCUCAACUCAAGACAUUUCCUACUGGAGAGCUAAUCUGCCAUGGCUUUACUAUGGGGACGAACCAGGACUGGCCAGUCGAGUGCUUCAAACUGAUCCAGUUCCUAUCGGAUUCAGUUUCAGAGGAAAAAACAAGAACACUGACAUUAAGCUGCUUGCUGCCGUCUAUAAUGUCAGGGGAGAGUUCCUCAGAUGGGAACAAGUAGACGGAGGUACUUUCCAGCUUUGUCCACAAACAGCAGCCAAACAGGCAGCAGCCUUCAGCUUUGGAACCGCUUACCAAGAAAGUUGUGAUCUCUCAGUAGCAGGGCUGCUGGAUACCUAUCCCGAGCCGCUGUUCUAUGAUGUGUUUAUGGAUCUUGGUGGAGGCGAGAACAGAAAACUUUUCCCUCUGCCAACACUGGUGUAUAACCAGCAAUACAAUGGACGGUUCAUCAACCAAGAGAGCAUGAAGAGCUGGUACCUCUCUCGACGUAUGUUUCUUGUGGACACUCUGGGUGGAAGAGACAAGAGUGUUAGCUUCCCACCGAAAGUCAUCCGUGUGGCCAGCAGCAUCAAAAUUAGGUUCCAGCUGGUUCCACGAACCCAGGAAGGACAGGUAUAUCCCCCUCUAAUGGUUGUGACCUACACAGAUGUUGCCAUCACGGAUUCCAAUACAAAAAAUGUGUCUGCAACAUUUGCUGUGGAGUAUGAGAUGGAUCAGAGUGAGGCUCGCAUAAAGACAGAUACUGCUCUGGGUGUGAUGGGGGGUGUGGCCGUGCUUUACUCUCUACUGAAGACAGUCAGCUGGAAGAGAAGGAUCGCCUCUCCACUCAUUGAUGUAGAGACAAUGCUUAAGUUUUUGUUGUUUUAUGCUGGAGAUCUGGCCAAUGUUUUCUUUGCCAUCACUGUGGGAACUGGACUUUACUGGCUCAUCUUUUACAAGGCCCAACAGUUUGUAUCAGUGCUGUUACCGCUGCCUGCUCAAGAGGAGCAGUUUGUGACAUACAUUGGUUGCGCCUUCGCUCUCAAGGCCGUCCAGUUUCUCCACAAGCUGAUCCUACAGGUGUCAGUCGAUAUAUUCCUUAUUGACUGGGAAAGGCCGCGAAGCAAGGCUAGCAGACCUGUACAAGCUGCUGGUGAGCCAAAACGUGACCCCUCUCCCGUCAGCAUCUGGAGGACCUACUUUGUGGCCAAUGAAUGGAACGAGAUCCAGACCAUUCGCAAGAUCAGCCCGACCUUUCAGAUCAUGGCUGUGCUGUUCUUUCUUGAAGUGCUGGAUUUCUCUAGCCUGGCCCUCAGGGACCCCUGGCCAACUUUACAGCGGUCCUCACAGGAAUACAUGCCUUCAUACAGCCUGACGCUACGCUACGGUCUGGCAGCCACGCUGUGGCUCUGCAUUGGACUUCUGCAGGUGAUUUUCUUCACUGUGUUUCAUGAGCACUUUGUGGAGGACAAAAUCCGUCAGUUUGUAGACCUCUGCUCCAUCAGUAAUAUUUCUGUGCUGCUCUUAUCUCACCGUUGUUUUGGCUACUACAUCCAUGGGCGUUCAGUACAUGGCCAUGCAGAUACAAACAUGGAGGAAAUGAACAACAAUCUGAAGAGAGAAGCUGAGUCUCUGUGUGGUCAAAGAGGGUUGCUUCCCAACACAGACAUCCAGACCUUCCAGGUGUCUCUUACCAAUCGCCUGCGGUCACAGUAUGACAGGAUACGGGAGCCACUUAACAGGAGGAACGGACCAUCGAGGCUGAUGGACGCAUCAACGGCCAACCCGUUUGAGCAGAACAUCAGAGCCUACCACACCAUGAACCACUUCCUGGGAUCCAUUAUAGACCAUGCUCACCCUGACAUGGACUACAUAGUGAAGGACAAGCUGGUGUUUGAGAGGGUCAUAGGAAUGGAGUUUCUUGAACCCAGUGAAAAAAGCAUCUUUUACAAUGAUGAGGCCCAUUCCUUCAGUGAUGUGCUUUUUUAUGGAAAUGAGGCCACGCUGCUGAUCUUUGACACUUUGUUCUUCUGUGUUGUCGACCUUGGAUCUCAGAGCUUUGUACUUGCCGCUGUGCUUACAUACGUACAGCAAAUGAUAUUCCGCUUGAUCCGUAACAUUCUUGGAAGGAAGAACCUCGUCAACAAGACUCUGGUGGAUGAGAGAUUUCUGAUAUAAAAUUCCCUGCUGAAUACUUGCUAGAGUCAAUGUUGUUUAGUGGCAUUUCUCGCAAAGAUGUUUACUGUUUACAGCUUUUGCAGCUCUUUUUUGUACUUUUCUUUAUAUACAGUAUUUUCACUGCUGUUUUGUGAUGUAAA